AUGAGCGUUAUGAACAAAGACAAAAUCAGCAUCACGAAAAAGGCCGACUGGCUUUUGAAGAAAUGCCUCUUGGAACUUGCUCUUGUGAAGCAAAACUUUGACAACCGAGAUCAAAAGUACAUUUCUCGGACUUCCAUGAAUUCAAAACUACAGCUUGCCAUGAGCUGCGUAGAAAACCUCAAGACUUUGGUCACUCCCGCCCCAAGAAAAAUACAACAAGAGAGCGAUAAAGCCAUCAGCUCAAUUCGCUCCUCAUCGAAACCAAAAAUCAUGAGUACUUCAAUCACGAAUAUUUCUUCCUCAAAAAUCGAUGAAAAUUAUGUUCCAAAGAAAAAAUUCCGAAAACGAGAAUUGCUUUCUGAAAGCAACAAUAGACUCCGCCCUGUUUCCGUCGCUGCUAGCGUUGCUGAAACUGUCAUCAUCAAGAAAAACGCCAGAUCAAGAAUCCCAAAAACUACGAAACGAGGGCGAUUUAUUAGUCUCCCGAAUGAACUUCCUGACAACCGGCUCGACGCAAAGCGAAAGAUUUUAAACCGAAUGAGAUUGAAAACUAUGACCGAAUAA